GGAAUGAAAUAUGAAAGAGAAAAUUUUAUCGGGGAAAAAAAGAAAACAGAAUACAGAUAAAAAAAGAAGCGAGUCUACCACCAAAAAGAAAAAACAAGAGGAUGAGAAAUAUACAGAAAUCAGAUUUAAAUUUGAGCUUAGGGAUCCAAACCUGACAUUUUUAGCUUUGGACAAGUUUGUCAAGCAGGCAGAGGAACAUGGUAUAGACAGCAGUGAGUAUGACAUUGUGACGGGGUACUGUAGGUCGUCACCGGAGUGUACCGAGAUACUGCAGCUGCUAGACGGGGGCAAGAGAAAGGAGAAAGAGCUACACAGCAUCUUUGGUGCAUUAGAGGCCAUACUGCUCCGCCUUUUAGAUGACCUGAGGUUAACCAAGCAUGCUCCUGUUGGUAAAGUCAUUCUUCAGAAGAUCUUGUCUGUGGGCAUGCCAUCUGUUUACUUUAUGUUGGGACCUCAGGUGAGGGCGUCAGCUGUGAAGACCGCCCUGAGGAUGCUGGGAGCUCUGGUGAUGCUGGGAGAAAGCGGGGCCAAGGCGCUACUCUCACAGCUAGACACCUCCCACAAACAUAUCCAGUCUUUGUUCAAUAGGAGGGACUUCAAGGAUCCACAGGACGUAAGGACAUGCCUGAUUCUCUUUAUUAUGGCUUUUCUUCUGGUGGGGAGUGACUCUGUCAUACAGCAGCUUAUAAACAUCAAAGGAUUUUUGAACUCCUUGUUCACUGGUCUGACAAAGGAUAAAGCUGCAAACAUUAAACUGAUCUUAAAUACACUAUUGGAAAAGGUUGUUGAGAAUGAAGCCAUUACAAAAACUCAGAAGUUGCGGCUGUUUAAUGACUACUCCCUGGGUCAGAUCUGUCAGCUCUAUAAAUGGACAGGUCAUCCGGAACAAGGGGAGGGAACUAUCACAGAUGACAUAGAGGAGCUUGGAACACAUUCCAGUGAAGACAAAGAGAUGGUAGUAAAAUUGGCACAUAAACUACUAAUGGAGAUUUGUUGUUCUCACAAAAAUGGCAUUAACUUUUAUGACAAAACACUAGGGACAAGUGGAAA